ACUUCCAGGUGGCUUGAAAAUAGAUUGCGCCUUGUAUUUAUAUUUUCUUUAUAGCAUAAGUUGUUAAAAUAACUAUACAGCCCGUGUGCACCCGGUAAUCCUCUUCUUGACCACCAUAAUGCGGCGUUCCAAAGCUCCUUCCAUGCGCCGCGCUGCAAAGCGAGAGAGUGAAGCGGUGCCUCCCAAAGAGGAACCACAGUCACCCUGCUCCUGGCCCAAAAACAAUCUACCCAGCGAAUGGGGCACACCAGCGGGCACCCAAAGCCUGGGACCUCGAGAAUUCAGGGCGGACGAGAAUCCGCUUAAAGAUAGCCGUAUCUUCCAUGUGCUCUGGCGUAAUCAGACCACCAAAAAGCACAAAACGUGGACUGGCAACGGAACACUGGUGGUCACCGGAUCCGUAGUAACAUUGAAGGAUGACACCGGCAAGGUUGUGGACACCAUGACAUAUUUUAAGCAGCAGCAACUCAAGGAGAACGAUCAGCUGGAAGUGGGCAGCAAGGAUGUCGAGGUUCAGGAGGAGAUUAAAACCGUGGAGGAGUGCUUUACCCAGCGCCAGUUGGAAAUAGCCAACUGGUGCCAGAAAAUAGAUGCCCAGAAUGGUUGUGCAGACACAUCGCCACCUCCUGCUGACAGUGCACCCUUUAGGUCUCAUGUUCUCAAGAAGAUCAAGCGCGAGGCGGGUGCACUUGCUUCAUCGCAUUUGGAAAUUAGCCAACAUAAAGAAGAAGAAAAUGUAUCAAAUGCAGCCCCCGAUUCCAGCACUUCGAUGGAAAAGAAAAUGUAUGCACAAAACACUUUGAAGAUAGAAAAUCCUCCCAAGGAGUUCACCCAAUCGGAAUAUCUGUGUCUACUUACUCCAGCUGAAUUGCAGAAAAAAAUAUUAAUCUUCGUUUCUGAAUAUGCACAAACUACCAAAACAGGAUCGUCUAUGUUGAAGGAAAUCUUCCAAAUUGUCUGUGAUCAUCCUGUGCUCCUAAAAACUUUGGGCAAGAAUCCAGAGUUUAAGGAAAUAAUGGAGGUACUGAACGCCAUACUGCCGCCCUGGCCAAGCAUGGGACUUUACGAUUCCGCCAAGUUCGAGUUUCUGCACGUGAUGCUGGAUCACUUAGUGGCGGAGCGAGGCGAGAAAUGCUGCAUAUUGGCAAACAGUGAGGAUUGCCUCACCCUGGUCAGGGGAUACUGCGAGAGUUAUAGUUUAGACCAUGCGCAGCUAGAUGAUCCCCAAAAAGUGAACUUAUUUAAUUCUCUUGCCGAUGGAGAACCAAUGGUUGGCUUGAUUUUGACCAGUGACUUGUCGGCGCUUCGAGCUCUUCGCUGCAAGCACCUAAUUAUUUAUAAUCACAAUGCCAGGCAGCACGCCAACCAACUGCUGGCCGUUGGAGCAAUGGACACCAAAAUAUACACACUCAUCACAGCCGGAGGUUCUCCGGAGGAGUUUCAGUUCUAUGGGCAAAUGACUCGAAGUUCAGAUGAUUCUCUAGAAGAUCUUGAGAAUUACCGAAGCCAGCUUAUACCGAGCGCAAGUAAUGAUCUGGCAGACUGGACCAAAAAUGAGCCACCUUUUGACUGUGUUUUCUUUGAGGAAACUGCUAUAUCGGAUUGUCUGGAUUGUAUUCAACUGGUUUAUUCAAGAAAAGUGAGAGUAAAAACUUAAACAAACAAAACCUUAACUUCAA